UUUGCGUAGUUCUCUCUGAAGACCGCCUUCUUCUCUUGUUUUCUUCUUCUUCUUCUUCUUCAGCCAUGGACAUCAAGCCAUCAAGAUCGGUUGGAGACAAAAAUGAAAGGGGAAGAAGACAUGUGAACAACAUGGUUUGUUCCUAUUGGCUCCGUGGGAGGUGCAACAGAAACCGUUGUAGGUUCCUGCACCAAGAAUUGCCCCAAAACACCCACUAUCAAGUUUCAAAUCAGUUCCGCAAAAACUGCUGGCAGAGGAAUCCCGACUCUGAUUCGAAGAGUGCAUCAAGUUUAAUGAGUCUGGAUAGGUCAUCAAGUUCAACAACUCCGAAGCGUUCAUCAGCUUCAAAUCAAUCCCAUAGAAACAACAGGGAGGGGACUCUCUAUUCUGACAAAAAGGGUGAAUGGGACUCAACUAAUCUAAGGUGUUCAUCAAGUCCAACAAGAUCAGGAAGUAGCGCUGGAAAUGGAAUUACACAGAAAGUAAUUGGAGAAAGGGUCUGCAAGUACUGGCUACAUGGAAAUUGUGUGAAGGCAGAUAAGUGCCAGUAUCUCCAUUCAUGGUUUAAGGGCCAUGGGGUUUUCAAGUUGGCCGAGCUUAAUGGGCACAUCAAGGCUAUCUCAGGAAUUGUGCUUCCUUCUGGCUCAGAGAAGCUCUAUACUGCCAGUAGAGAUGGGUAUAUACGGGUUUGGGACUGCCAUACUGGUCAAUGUGAUGGUGUGGUCAAUCUUGGAGGGGAAAUUGGGUCCUUAAUCAGUGCAGGCCCUUGGCUAUUUGCUGGAAUAAAAGAUGUUGUUAAGGCAUGGAAUAUUGAGUCUUGUGCCGAUCUCUCUCUGGAUGGACCAGUUGGGCAAAUUUAUGCUAUGGUGGUGGAUCAUGAUAUGCUCUUCGCAGGGGCAGAGAAUGGCACUAUAUAUGCAUGGAAACCCAAUAAGGAAACCAAUGCUUUUGAGCUGGCUACAACAUUGGGAGGCCACAAUUGUGCUGUGGUUUCGCUCACAGUUGGUGGUGGGAGGCUAUAUUCUGGUUCCAUGGACAAUACAAUAAGAGUGUGGGAUCUUAAUACAUUACAGUGUAUUCAUACUCUGAAGGAGCAUGCAUCAGUUGUGAUGUCUCUUGUUUGCUGGGGUCCCUAUUUGAUAUCAUGUUCAUUGGACCAAACAAUCAAGGUUUGGUUUGCUACUGAAGCUGGCAACUUGGAAGUGACCUAUACACAUAAUGAAGAACAUGGUGUGCUUGCACUUUUCGGUAUGUUCGAUUCAGAAGGAAAACCAAUAUUGUUGUGCUCUUGCAAUGACAAUUCUGUUCGGCUAUAUGAAUUACCAUCAUUCACCGAGAGGGCCAGGAUUUUUGCAAAGGAAGAAGUCCGAGCGAUUCAAAUAGGUCCUGGGGGACUCUUUUUCAUUGGGGAUGGAACUGGACAAGUUGAUGUUUGGAAAUGGCAGGCGGAGCCAACUUCAUUGGCAUCCUGAAUGAUGGAAGGCAGCUGUCAUCUCCAUAAAGCCAUUCUCUGUUUCUUGUUUUGUUCCUUCAUGUUCAUGAUAUUUCUAUUGAAAACUGUAUAGAGGCUUUUAGUAGCUUGUGAAUAUGAUCAUCGAAGAAUUCUCUUUAUACUAUUCUUACAAACUGUAAAUUUGUAAUCAGCAUUCAUUCAAUGAAAAUUCAUUGUCAUA